AUGAAACUGACAGCCUUCCUACUGUUCCUCGCGACAGCCUGCACUGAGCAUCAGCAUCGCCGAGAUACCACUGACAAUGGAAUCAAUCUGGGCGCGAUCUCAAGUGCAUUAGAACACAUGACAGCGAACCAAACAGCGAGCGCCAAUUUUGGCAACAUCUCAUCGCCCCCGAAAGCUCUCAUCGGCGAAAUUCUCUCGGUAGUCCCCGUCUCUGUCAUCUGGGAAUUGAUCAAUCCCGAUCAGCGCAAAUCCCUAGCAAGCCAAUUUAAUGCCGGUACCACACCGGCAUGGUACAAUGCCCUGCCGACCGACGUGAAAAGUUACAUGUCUGUGGUUAAAUCGCAGAUCUCGGACGGCGCUCUAACAGCCACAACGGGGGCGUAUGCGAAGGCGCAAACGCAAACGCAAACGCAGGUAAAAAGCACGUCGACCGGGUCCGAAUCCCAAUCGGGAUCAGGGUCGGGGUCAGGGUCAGCGAGCUCGACUUCGUCUAGUGCAGCUGCACCGACGGAAUUGACCGUAUCGGUGAUGGGCGCAUUGGGUGUGCUUGGACUUGCGCUAGCUUUGUGA